AUGACUUCGGUGGCCUUAAAUGUUACCAAGACUGUGUGGAAGGAAGUAUACGAUUAUUAUCUUUGGACACACUCGUUAUCAGACGAACGCACACGUGGAUGGCCCUUAGUAGAUUCGCCUCUAGCCACUGUAAUAUACACUGCACUAUAUUUAUUUAUAGUAUGGAUAGGACCAAAACUAAUGAAAAACAGAAAGCCGUUUAAGUUGACCUGGCUUCUAAUUCCUUACAAUCUGUCCAUGGCCUUAUUAAACGCCUAUAUCGCGAUGCAGCUAUUUAUUUCUUCAAUAAGACUCAAGUACAGUUACAUAUGCGAGCCAUGUCGACAGUCGUGGGACCCCGACGAAUUACGAAUUGCCAACGCUGUCUGGUGGUACUAUUUUUCAAAACUUUUAGAAUUCAGUGACACUUUCUUCUUUAUAUUAAGGAAGAAAGACCAACAAUUGACGUUCCUUCAUGUUUAUCACCAUUCAACGAUGUUUGGUUUGUGGUGGAUCGGAAUAAAAUGGGUUCCAAGUGGUUCAACUUUCCUACCUGCGAUGGUGAAUUCUGCCAUUCAUGUUCUGAUGUACUCUUACUAUGGACUAUCGACGUUGGGUCCACGAGUGACCAGAUACCUGUGGUGGAAAAAAUACUUGACAAUUCUUCAACUGAUUCAAUUCACUUGUGCCUUACUUUUGGGAGUAAAUGGUUUAAGAACCGGAUGUGAUUUUCCUUUGUGGAUGCAUUACACUUUGAUUAUUUACAUGAUAUCCUUUAUUGUGUUAUUCGGCAACUUUUACGUGAAGGAAUAUAUGAAAAAGGGAAGCAGAGUGUUUUAUGGAAUGGAUAUGGGUUGCGGCCAAGGCAUAAACUUCCAAGAAAAUGGAAGAUUCAGUCCGCUAUAUGAGAAAAAGCAGUCAUGA